AUGACUACCCUCGUACGAGCUCGGAACCCUCUAGAAACUCUGAAAAUGAGCCAACAACCUGCGACGCGAAGAAGGAGUAAAAGAUUGGCUGAUUAUGAGGAAGAAGAUGGAGAUUUUCAAUUCACGCGUGUAUCCAAGAAGGCCAAAACUACUGUAUCUGUACCGGAUCCAAUACCAGAGGCACCGCCUGUAACGACGACGGUACCUAGGAGAACUAAAAAGGUAGCCCGCGAGCGCGAAAGCCACAACGUUGCACCGGCGUCAUCACCGCCUGUCAAGAAAACGAGAGCAGCACCCAGAACCACCCUUUCAACGCCGAAAGAAUCGAGGGUAGAGAAGGUACAGAAACCCAAGAAUGAAGUCGAACCGAAACGAGCAACUAGGAAAAGCACGCGUUUAUCGACUGAGAAAUUUCAAAAUGGGGACAGGAAUUCAAUUAAUGGAAGCAGGGAUUACGACAACAGUAUUGAUAUGAUUGGUGGUGCACCUUUACCAGAGGAAUCGAACAGGUCAACUAUAGAAGCUCCGAGUAACACACACUCUACGGUCAUCGCCUUGCCAUUUAGCGAUACACCAAUUAUUAAUCGAAAUAAGGAAUUACGAAAGAAAGGCGGGACGGGCCAGAGGAGGAGUAGUUUGGGUAUGCGUGGGAGGAGGGCAAGCUCACUUAUUGACAGUGGAUAUAGCGCAAUACCCCACAAAGAGGUCGAAACCUCGCAAUUUUACAAACAUAUUGAGGACGGAUUACCUGAGCCAAGAAGGAUGAAACAACUCUUGACUUGGACCGGCGAAAGAGCUCUGCCGGAAAAACCUGCGCAUGGCGAUCCGGAUAGUGGUGCAAAAUUGGCAGCGAGAGCAAUAUCUGAAGCUCUUCUCAAAGACUUCGGGACUAAUAAUACAUUUUCGAACUGGUUCGAUCGGGAAGAAAAGCAGCCGACCAGGAUAACGAAAGUGGUCAAGAAACCCAAUCCUAAGAACAUCGAAGCAGAAGAAAACAUACAGGCUUUAGAAGCUCGAGUAAAACAACUAGAAAUCGAAAAAUCGCAAUGGAUAUCCUACAAAAAGCCCACUGCCCCUCUUCCACCCCUCUUCCCAGAUACGCAUGACGAAGCGAAUCCACUCUCCCCCACACAUAUAGAUCCUACUCUUCUCGACCCCGAACAAUCUGCCAUUCUCUCCCUAAUAACGUCCUCGUCAUCUCUGUCCCUACGCGAAAACGCCUCUGAAAGACUCAAAACUAUUCAUCAAGAAAUCGAAGGGAAAGUAGAUUGUUUCUUGGACGGCAUACACAAAAUCGAACGAUAUGCGGAAACAGUAGGAAGAGUCGCGGAUAAGAUAUUGGCGUUGAGUGCGGUGAGGCUGGAGGAGAGAGAGAGGAGGGAGAGGGAGGUAGUGGGGACGAGGGAUGUGCCAAUGGUAGAGGUGCUGAGGAGUUUGAUUUUGUCGGAUCCUAAACCCGGAUCGUAUUUGCUGGAGAGAUAUGAUGGUAGGGGCAUUAGUAAGGAGAUGGUAUCGGAGGCUGCAAAACUGUUCAGUCGAGAGUAUGGUAUAUGGGGUUCGUUAGCGAGUGAGAAAAUGGGAGAGGGAAAAGAGAAAGUACUGACCAAAAGUCAAAUCCCCACAGGCUCACGAAUCAAAAUUUCAAGUCGAAGACUCAUUACCCAAAUUUUACCCCCCGAGGCACAAAACAUGUACCUUCGCCUCCUGACCGACGGCAAGUUAGCAGGCAACGUUUUUGCUACCCGCUGGCGACACGAAAAUCUUCCUAUUCUGUGGAUUACACAACUUUGCGUAGAUAGCAAAUAUAGAAAUCAAGGGGUGGCUAAAAAGAUGCUUGGAUAUUUAAAGGGAGAAGAAGAAAUGGUGGGAAUUUUAUCAAGUCAUCCUUUUGCGUUGAUGGCUGUUUUGAAGGUUUGGGGAAGGGGGGUAGAGAAUGUUAGGAGGGACUUGGAGAUGAUGAAAGGAAGUGUGAAGGAGGUGAUGGAGGGGUGUCCGGUGGGAUAUGUGAAGGUGGCGAGAUUGAGGGGUUCGCUGUUUGGAGAGGGGGACCGAGGAGCAGUGGCGUGUGCCGAUACGCAGUUUUGGGUCGAUCAUGAGGAGCCCCUUGAGGCGCUGAGGAAAGUCGAGGAGAGAGGUAUUGUUUGGCCUUUUGAAGAGUUGCCUGAUGGUUGUGAAUUUUUGGUAUUGGUGGAUGCUAAGGUAGUGUAA